CGUGGGCGGGGGCGAGGGGAAGGGAGCGCGAGUGGGCAGCCCGGAGGAAAAGUUUCCCGGGAGUUGGGUCCGGGCUCCGGAUCGAGGAAAGGAAAGGGGCGCGGGGGGCUCCUCUUGAGGAAGGGGCCCGCCAUGGAGCCGGCGCCCACUCCCACUCUCACUCCCACGCAGCCCCUCCCCGCCCCGCCGCCGCCCUCCUCCUCCUCCUCCUCCUGGUCCUCCUUCCCUUCUUCUUCUUCUUCUUCUUCCUCUCCUCCUCCUCCUCCCUCGGGGGUCUCUUCUUCUUCCUCCUCCUCUUCCUGCGGCGUGUCCUUCCACCUCCAGAUCGGCCUGACCCGCGAGUCCGUGCUCCUGCCCGCCGCCUCCGAGCUCGCCCACGUCAAGCAGCUCGCCUGCUCCAUCGUGGACCAGAAGUUCCCCGAGUGCGGCUUCUACGGUCUCUAUGACAAGAUCCUGCUCUUCAAACAUGACCCAUCGUCUGCCAACAUCCUCCAGUUGGUCCGAGCCGCCAGCGAUAUUCAGGAGGGAGACCUGGUGGAAGUGGUGCUCUCAGCCGCUGCCACUUUCGAGGACUUCCAGAUCCGUCCGCACGCCCUUAAUGUGCAUUCGUACCGGGCGCCGGCCUUCUGCGACCAUUGCGGGGAAAUGCUCUUCGGGUUGGUGCGCCAAGGGCUCAAAUGCGACGGAUGCGGGCUGAACUACCACAAGCGUUGCGCCUUCAGCAUCCCCAACAACUGCAGUGGGGCUCGGAAGCGGCGCCUCUCCUCCACCUCGUUGGCCAACUCCCAAUCCUUGCGCCUUUCCACCACCGACUCCUUGCCCUCCACCUCCGACGAUUUGAGCCGGAGUUCGGUGGAGCUGCUCCCGCGCCGGAGGGUCUCCUCGGCCUACGUGGGGCGCCCCAUUGAGCUGGACAAGCUCUUCCUCUCCAAGGUCAAGGUGCCCCACACUUUCCUCAUCCACUCCUACACCCGGCCCACCGUCUGCCAGUUCUGCAAGAAGCUUCUCAAGGGACUCUUCCGGCAAGGGCUCCAGUGCAAAGAUUGCAAAUUCAACUGCCACAAGCGCUGUGCCACUCGGGUGCCCAACGACUGCCUCGGAGAGACGCUCUUCAACGGAAGCGAUGUUACGAUGGAGGAGCCCAGCGACCUCAGCGAGGCUGAGAAGAAUUCCCUGAUGGACGAAUCGGACGACUCCGGGAUCAUCCCCGGAUCCCAUUCGGAGAACGACCUGCGGAUGGGAGAGGACGCCGAUGACAUCAGCAAGUCCCGGGGAUCCAUGGGCUACAUCCCUUUGAUGCGAGUGGUCCAGUCGGUGCGCCAGACCACCCGCAAGUCCAGCACGGCCCUGAAGGAAGGCUGGGUGGUCCAUUUCAGCAACAAGGACACACUGCGGAAACGUCAUUACUGGCGCCUGGACAGCAAAUGCCUCACUCUUUUCCAAAACAACACCAGCAGUCGCUACUACAAGGAGAUCCCGUUGUCAGAGAUCUUGGCCAUUGAGGCUGCCCAAGACUUCUCCUUGCUGCCCUCCGGAGCGAACCCUCACUGCUUCGAAAUUAUCACGGCCAAAGCCACCUACUACGUUGGGGAGAACGGCGUUCCCAGUAGCAACCAGCAUGGCGGGGACAGCCUGGAGCAAGCGAAGGCUUGGGAGACGGCCAUCCGCCAAGCCCUCAUGCCGGUCAUUCUUCAGGGCGCUGCGCCUGCCCAAGGAGAGGUGUCUCACCGGCAAGCAUCCUUGCGGAUCUCUGUGUCCAACAGCCAGAUACAAGAGAACGUGGAUAUUGCCACUGUGUACCAGAUCUUCCCGGAUGAAGUCUUAGGAUCCGGGCAAUUUGGUGUCGUCUAUGGAGGAAAACAUCGGAAAUCAGGUCGAGACGUAGCAGUGAAAGUCAUAGACAAGCUGCGCUUCCCAACAAAGCAAGAGAGCCAACUGCGCAACGAAGUCGCCAUCUUGCAGAGUCUGAGGCAUGCUGGGAUCGUGAACCUGGAGUGCAUGUUCGAGACGCCCGAAAAGGUCUUUGUCGUGAUGGAGAAGCUUCACGGCGACAUGCUGGAAAUGAUCUUGUCUUCAGAGAAGGGACGGCUCCCCGAAAGAAUCACCAAGUUCCUGAUCACGCAGAUCCUGGUGGCCUUGCGUCACCUGCAUUUCAAGAACAUUGUGCAUUGCGACCUGAAGCCGGAAAACGUCCUUCUGGCUUCGGCUGAGCCUUUUCCCCAGGUGAAGCUGUGCGACUUUGGCUUUGCCCGCAUCAUUGGGGAGAAGUCCUUCCGGCGCUCGGUUGUGGGGACCCCGGCCUACCUGGCCCCCGAGGUGCUGCUCAACCAGGGCUAUAACCGGUCCUUGGACAUGUGGUCCGUGGGGGUCAUCAUGUACGUCAGCCUCAGCGGCACCUUCCCCUUCAACGAGGACGAGGACAUCAACGACCAGAUCCACAACGCCGCCUUCAUGUACCCCCCAAACCCCUGGCGCCAGAUCUCUGUUGGGGCCAUUGACCUGAUCAACAACCUGUUGCAGGUGAAGAUGAGGAAGCGCUACAGCGUGGACAAGUCGCUCAGCCACUCUUGGCUACAGGAUUACCAGACGUGGCUGGACCUCCGGGAGCUGGAGAGCCGGAUGGCGGAGCGCUACAUCACCCACGAAAGCGAUGACGCCCGGUGGGAACAGUUCGCCGCCGAACACGGCCUCCCGUACCCGGAACGUUUGCGAGUGCGGCGCUUGGAGGAAGAGGACGAGGAGGAGGAAGAAGAGCAGCAAGAGAUGGAGGUCAAGGGCUUGGCCGACCGAGUCAGUGUCCUCUGAACGACUUUGGCCAUUGGACUUCUCAUUGACAACAGCGACACCUGCUGGCAACCUGUGGAAUAGGGGAAAAAUCUGAAUUGUUUAACCUUCGACAUUACAACACAGCGCCAACUGCUGGCAACCUGUGGAAUAGGGGAAAAAUCUGAACCUUCGACAUUGCAACACAGUGACACCUGCUGGCAACCUGUGGAAUAGGGGGAAAAUCUGAAUUUUUAAACCUUCGACAUUGCAACACAGCGACACCUGCUGGCAACCUGUGGAAUAGGUGAAAAUUCUGAAUUGUUUAACCAUCGACAUUACAACACAGUGCCACCUGCUGGCAACCUGUGGAAUAGGGGAAAAUUCUGAAUUGUUUAACCAUCGACAUUACAACACAGUGCCACCUGCUGGCAACCUGUGGAAUAGGGG